AUGAAUAGGAUUUUUGGGGGAGAGGAAACUGAAAUCGAUGAACAUCCCUGGUUGGCGUUAUUGAAUUAUGGUCUACCGUCGACUAAUAGUUUUUAUUGUGGUGGAGUCCUGAUAUCAUCAAGAUAUGUCAUGACUGCUGCACACUGCGUGAAGCGCCCUCUGGAAGAUGUCUCAGUUUCCCAGGUGCGGCUUGGAGAGUGGGACUUGUCAAGGAAUACGGACUGCUCGAGGAAUUACUGCAGUUCUGAUGUACUAGACAUCGCUGUAGAAGAAACCGUGAUUCACGAGAACUACAUCAGCGGAGAUCCCUCAUUUCAUCAUGAUAUUGCACUCUUGAGAUUAGCUCAAGAUGUACCUUUCAGCGAUUUCAUCAAACCAAUCUGUCUUCCUAUAGAUACGGAAUUGAGGAAAAAUAAUUUUGAACAUUUUUUUCAGUCGGAAAUAGCGGGUUGGGGUCAAAAUGAAUAUAGUACAUUUUCAGAAAAAAAACUCAAGGCUAAGGUUCCUGUUGUAAAGUUAGAAAAGUGCAAAAAUAUAUAUGACUACAGUAAACACGUUAUAACUGAUAAUCAAAUCUGUGCCGGUGGAGAGGGAGGCAGGGAUAUCUGUGAUGGAGAUUCUGGUGGUCCACUCAUGGUCCAAAUUCAGGGUAAGAUAAAUUGGAUGGCUGUUGGUGUGUCAUCUUUUGGCCCUGCGACUUGUGGUAUAGAAGGACGGCCUAGUGUGUUCACCAGAGUGACGUCUUACAUACCCUGGAUAUUAUCUAAGAUACGACCUUGA